AUGGAUCGCCUCUUCCUCUCUCUUCCUGAUAAAGCCUUUCUACUUCCCAUAUUCUCUAUUCUUAGGUUCCUCUUACUCUCUUCCCUCCUUUUCUCUUCCUCUUUUGUGUUUGCCACUGUCAGCAACAGUAAUGCCUUGUCAACACAACACCAAUGCAUUGAAGAUCACUUCUCUGCUUUGCUCCACCUGAAACAGGGCUUUAAUUUCUCUGCUAGGUACAGCAAGACCGGACUUCCCUCUUGGAAUCCUGAUAACAGGGAUUGCUGUUCUUGGGAAGGCAUCACGUGCAAUGGUGCCACUGGUCACGUGACCAGUCUCGACCUCAGUGAGCUCCGUAUCUACGGUCGGAUUGAUUUUGUAAGCCUCUUUCGUCUUCAGAGCCUGCAGAAGCUCAACCUCGCUUCCAAUGAGUUUGAUCCCUCUCCAAUCCCAUCUGGGUUUGAGCAGCUCACCAGUUUGACCCAUCUCAACCUCUCUUCUUCAAAUUUUUAUGGCCAUAUCCCGCUGGAAAUCUCCCGCUUGACCACUUUGGUGUCCCUUGAUCUAUCUUACAAUCAAUAUCUCAAUUAUUUGUACUUCGAUACUCUGAAACUGGAAAUCCCGAACAUGGGUGCAUUCGUCCAAAACCUUUCAAGUCUGAGAGAACUCCAUCUCGAUUGGGUAAACAUAUCAGCGCAGGGCAGUGAGUGGGGACUGGCGUUAUCCUCGGCACUCCCUCAUCUCCACAAGUUGAGCUUGAGGUAUUGUGGUCUAUCAGGCCCCAUCCAUCCUUCCCUUUCCAAGCUCCAUUUCCUAUCUGAACUCGACCUCAGUGGAAACAAUCUCUCUUCGGUGGUACCUAACUUCAUAGGGAACUUCUCUUCUUUAACCUCACUAGCUCUCGGUGAUUGUGGAUUGCAUGGAAAAAUUCCAGAGAGUAUUUUCAGGCUGCCAAACCUACAAACCCUGGAUGAGAAGCUCGAGAAACUCGUGUAUUUGGAUCUUUCAAACAAUGGUUUCAGCGGACCAUUGCCAUCCUCUCUUGGCAACCUCCACAAUCUCGUUACUUUGGAUCUUUCAUACAAUGAUUUCGGUGGACCAUUGCCAUCCUCUUUUGGCAACCUCAGCAACCUCGUUAGUUUGGAUCUUUCAUACAAUGGCUUCAGCGGACCAUUGCCAUCCUCUCUUGCCAACCUCAACAAGCUUGUUCAUUUGGAUUUUUCAAGCAAUGGUUUCAGCGGUCCAAUCCCAUCGUCAUUAUUUUCACUCCCAUCACUACAAGAGCUUCAUCUCCAAGUAAACCAAUUUAGUGGUGAGCUUGGGGAGUUCCAAAACACUUCCUCUUCACUACUUGAGAUCAUCUACUUGUAUGAAAACAAGUUGGAGGGGCCCAUUCCAAGGUCAAUCUUUCAACUCACAAUGCUUAGAGAGCUCAAACUUUACUCCAAUAAUUUCAACGGCACAAUCCCUUCUUUGUAUGGAAAUGCACUUCAUAAUUGUACACUGCUCGACUUUUCAAACAAUUCACUCAGUGGGACUAUUCCUUCAUUAUUGCUUUCACUCCCAUCAUUAGAAUCGCUGUAUCUCCAGGAUAACCAAUUUAGUGGUCGACUUGGCCAAUUCCACCACCCAUCCUCUUCUCUGCUAUCGACAAUCAACUUGGAGAACAACAAGUUGAAUGAGCUUAUUCCAAAGUCAAUCUUUGAACUCCCCAUGCUUGAGGGACUCCAUCUUUCGUCAAACAAUUUCAGUGGUGAAAUACCAAACUGGCUAUGGAAUGAUUCUCUCAUUGUAUUGAAUCUUGGAGGAAAUGCAUUUCAUGGCCUGUUGCAUCAAACAUUUAAAGAGGAGUGCACUCUAGAGACACUUGAUCUCAAUGGAAAUCAAUUGGAAGGACAGGUGCCAAGUUCUUUGGUCAAGUGCAAGAAGCUAGAAGUGUUAAACCUUGGAAACAAUCAAAUACAUGAUACCUUCCCUUUCUGGAUAGAAAAUUUAUCCCAGUUGCACAUUCUCAUCUUGGGAUCCAACAAAUUUCAUGGCACCAUUGGGCACCCCCAAGCAAAUCAUACAUUUCCACUAUUACAAAUCUUUGAUCUCUCUAACAAUAGCUUCACAGGUAAGUUGUCAUCAAAUAUGUUUAGGAGCUGGAAAGCAAUGAUGGAGACCAAAUCUCAAUCUCAAUUUCUUAGCAAAACAUUUAUCAAUGGAUACUAUCAAGAUAGAGUGACUAUAGUGAGUAAAGGGCUAGAAAUGGAGCUGGUAAAGAUCCUUACUGCCUUUACGGUAGUGGAUCUCUCAAAUAACCAAUUUCAUGGGGACAUUCCAGAAUCGGUUGGGAAUUUAAAGUCAUUGGUUGUGCUUAAUGCAUCCUAUAACCAUUUCACAGGCCGAAUUCCAGUAUCACUCGGAAACAUUAAAGCUCUUGAGUCAUUAGAUCUGUCACAUAAUAAUGUAUCAGGAGAGAUCCCUUGGCAACUGACAAAGCUAAACUUCCUUGCUGUGUUGGACCUUUCGCAAAAUCUCCUCACUGGAAGCAUACCACAAGGUCAGCAAUUCAAUACAUUCAUGAACAAAUCUUUUCUUGGGAACUUGGGAUUAUGUGGCAUUCCACUGUCAAAGAAAUGUGAACAUGUUGAGGCACAUGCAUCACCACCAGUGGCACAAUUGGAAAGCAAAUAUGACUGGAGAUCCAUCUGGAUUGGCUUUGGAGUUGGAUAUGGAGUGGGAAUGGGAAUCCUUUUUUGGACUCUAGCACUUUGGACAAAUGGAAUGAGAGAAUUCACUAUAUUUAUUGAUAAAUUGCUUAUGUUGAUUUUUCCAUGUGGGGCAUUUAUUCUAAUGCAUCGAUACUGA